AUGUCGGCGGUGGCACAAGUCGAGGACGACUUUGAGACAGCCUACGUUGUGGAUUCAGUGGGAGAUAUGCUGACAACUUAUAAGUCGGCGAUGGAAUCCAACAACGCGGUCAAGUGGAAGGAAGCGUGCGAGUCCGAAAUCGACUCCCUCCGCAAGAACAAGACAUGGCAGUUGGUGCAAUUACUUAAGGGUCGGAAAACUAUCGGAUGUAGAUGGGUGUUCCGCGUCAAAGAGAAUCAAGAUUGUGGGAUCGAGCGUUUUAAAGCGCGCCUUGUUGCAAAGGGGUUCUCAGAGAAGUUUGGCAUCGACUACGGGGAAACACUUGCUCCGGUUGCCAAGUUCAAAUCGAUUAGAGUCAUCCUCAGUCUGGCAGCCAAGUACCACCUUGACGUGCACCAGAUGGAUGUGAAGACCGCGUUUCUGAACGGCGAGCUGGAUGAAGACAUCUACAUGGCGCAACCGGACGGCUACGGCCGUGCGUAA